UUCAGAACUGUUAAUCGAUCGAAACAGGUACGCAAAACGGCCGGUUGGUUGACCGGCAGAAUGUCCCAGGAUGAUCACUCGGUAGCGGUACUGUCCGGUGAUCUAACGGUGGAGCAACGGUUGGACGCUCUGGAUCGAUUCCGAACCGGACUAGAGAAGGUACAGAUUAUAACGAACGUUUUGUCCAGGGGUAUCGACGUCGAACAGGUGACCAUUGUCGUCAACUUCGACCUGCCGAUGGAUCAGCAGGGACGAGCCGAUUGCGAAACGUAUCUACAUCGAAUUAGACGCACCGGUAGAUUCGAACGGAAUCACCAUCAACCUAGUGGACAGUGAUCGAAGCAUGAUGAUUUGCAGAUCAAUCAAAAAACACUUCCGGAAAAAGAUUCAGUUGCUAGACGCGGAGAACUCGGACGAAAUUGAAAAUUGCUAGACACCACUGAAUGUGAACGGUCGUGUGGCGCGAAUCCACCCCACUUCAUCUGGCUGCCGGUUACAAUUCUUUGAUUCCUUUAGUAUCUCGAAGUAACCGAACUGAACGGGAACUGUAGGAAAAAAUUACAUAUAAAUACAACACAGUUAAACCCAUUCCUCAACCGGUUCGGAUUUCUGAAUGGAGUCAGUAUGGUUUCCAAUUCAAAUGCAACAAUCGAUUCCGGCCGGAUUCGGAAUCGGUUGUUGCAUUUGCGCUGGAAUCCAUACUGACUCCAUUUAGGCUUCCGAGUGGUUUGACCGGGAAGAAGCACUGUGUGUUGGAUGCUUGUUAGGUUGAUAUUCAGCGACUGAAAAAGAACCUCAACCGAACUCAAAGCUGUACACCCGUACAGUGGUGACAUACCAUUACAUGCAGUACCCCACUCAAUGUACCCGAAGCGAAAACAAGUUCUCGAAAUUUCGUAAAAGUGCUCAGUUGAACGAGCAAAUUAAAGACUUCCUAACACUGUUGCACAUUGCAGCUGAUAACUCACACUACAAGAUAAUGGACGUGCUGCUUCGUCGCGAUGCCAAGGUGGAUGCGCUCGAUGGACUCCAUCAAACAACGCUAAAUCGAUGAACUAGAGAAGAUAAUAUUCAAGCCUGUCGACUGUUACUAUCGUACAACAUCGAUACCCAGCAUUGUAUCUCUGCAGGGCCGCCCAGUUUGCUACAGAAAAUGAGCUGAAAAAUUUUCAAGAUCCGCCUUCAGACACAAUCGAUCUAGAGUGCUAACUCUUGGAAGCAGCCAAAGCCGGUGAUCUAGAUACGGUUCGACAGAUUGAACUCUCAAAUCCGGUGAAACGUAAAUUGUGAUCUGGAUGGACGACAUUCAACUCCAUUCAAUCUGGCUGCUGGCUAUAAUCGGAACUGCUGGCAAUUAGGGGGCUAUUUCAAAUGCAACACUAUCCGUAAGACAUUCUGUAGCAUUUGAAGCAGUUUAUACUGGUUGCUAAAAUACCUAGCAAAAACCACAGCAGCGCGCAGUUUCUCACAAUGCGAUUAUUUUACAAUAGUGUCGGUGUUGUUUGUUUGU